GAGACCUCCCUCCGCUUCGCUGGGCGGGACCCGCAGCAGCUCAGCUUCCCUCCCUCAGCUUCUGUCAGGCGCAGUCGGUCUCCUCUCGCGGCGCAAGGAUGGCUCUCUUCGGGUGGAUCGGGAUGUGGGGGGUUCUUUUGCUCGGCGCGGCGCUGGCCACCGGGCAGAAGCAGCGGAUGAUGGGGGCGCCCAUCGAGGUCUCCGCCGACGACGAGGGCGUGCAGCAGGCCCUCCGCUUCGCCAUGAACGAGUACAACCGGGCCAGCAACGACCGCUACGGCAGCCGCGUCGACGAGGUCCUCAGCGUCACCAAGCAAAUUGUUGCUGGAGUCAAGUACAAUAUUGCUGCUAAAGUUGGGCGAACAACUUGUUCCAAGUCAGAAGCUAACCUGGAGACCUGUGCCUUCCAUGAAGCUCCAGAACUGGCCAGGCACGUGACUUGCCACUUUGAGGUGUAUUCUGUUCCUUGGUUAAACAAAAUAACCCUGAAGAGGAACAACUGUCAGUAAACAUGUAUUUACUUGGAUCAAGACAGCAAGCUGCUGCUAUGAAAAUAUUUCCCCUUUUCAAAAAGAGCAAUAAUUCAGGUGCUUUCUCAAGCAAGAGGGUUGGCUGCUAACUUGAAAAUGCUUGCAUAUACUUGUUUGAAACAAGUAAAUUCAUAUAGUGUUCUUUUAAAAAUAUUUGCUGUUGAUUAUUUAGUUUGUAACCAGUAUUAUCAUGCUUUAUUAGAAGGGGAAAAAUAAAACUUUACAUUGUCAA